AUGUUAAAUUUAAAUUGUGUUAUAUGCUCCGAACUGUUCACACAGUCCGAUGAUGUUUAUGUUACCAUCUGCGGCCACAUGUUUCACCACACGUGCCUAAUGCAAUGGCUGGAACGCUCAAAAACGUGUCCACAGUGCCGCAACAAGUGCACAACUCGCAAUAUUUGGCGCGUCUACUUCAAUCUGGCCAAUUUGGAUGUGAGCCACAUCGAUGUGGGCUCGCUGCAGGAGCAGCUGGACAAUGCGAAACUAGCAAUGAAAAUGAAGGAGCAGGAAUGCACCAAAGUUGAACAGCAAAUGAAGGAUCUGAAGGAUACACAAAAGAAGUGUCUCAAAACCAUUGCCGGCUUGGAGCAGAAGUUGCAGAAGAAGGACUUUGUUGUCAGCAGCUACGUCGAACAAAUCAGCGUGCUGAAAAACGAUGCACUAGCUGCGAAUGAGCUGCGCAAAGAGAACAAAUCGCUAAAGCAACAAGUACACACAAUGGAAGGCGCUUGCACCGUUCUGGCAGCCAGUUCUGCGGAAGCCGAACGCCUGGUCAAGAACGAGACCAAUCCAGUUGUCUUAGCCAACUGGGUUUCAACGCUGAAGCGAGAGCUGAGGCAGGGCGAGUCCAAAAAAACUGAAUUGCGUAAUGUUCUUAAAUUGGUUCAGAAUGAUCUGCGCAGAGAGCUGGAGUCAAAGCGCAAGUUGGAAGAGAAAAUAUCUCAUCUGGAGAGUGAUCUUUAUCGAGCCAAUGAGAAGCUGAAAGAUCUGCAAAGCCAGCCAAUUGACGUUGAUGCUUCCAGCAAUUCAUUUGGUCUAAAUACUAAUGUGGUUGCGCUAAGGCGCGAUGACCGACGCCAGACCAUCUCGCCCACAAUGAAAGAGAGCAUCAAGCGCAUUGAAGAAUCCACCUCACCCUAUCUCAACAUAAAAUCUAGUAGCGUGGGCAUGGGUCAUCUGCUGAAGCCGCCAGAGUUGAGCGUUACCAAAAUAUCGCCCAUUAAACGGGGACCCGGCAUUAGCAUGGCAAGUGGCGUCAUCCGCAAAACCACCAGCGAUCUCAGUGAAAAGUACUCCAUUUUCAAAAAGCCGCGUCUGCUGCUGGGUGCAUCCGGUUCCGGAGCUUCAGGCACAAUGGCCUCGAAUUUUGCCUAUAACGGCAUGGGCGGCUCCGAGAAGAUUGAUCCCUUUGCGCUGCGCGCUGAGGAGGAGGAAGCAGAAGCGAAAGCUAAAGAAUCAACUAAUCAGCCGCUGGCCAAGACUGUUAAUCUGCGCAUUAAGGCAGGCACGCUGCGCAACAUAAAACUAUCUAAAUAGACUAGAUCCCCAAAAGUGAAUAACCCAAGACUGCCUCAGUUUCGUAAUAAGUUCGUUAGCAUAAAUUUAUUGGCCGAUGUUUCUCUGUGUAAGCUCCGGUUAUUGUGCUGUGU